AUGGCUGCGACCUUUGCCUUCGAGUCUAGUCCCAAGACAAACCGGAGUCUUAGCUCCCCAAAGGCAAAGGACUUGGGUUUCUUUGUUUCAACUGGCGAUGGUACGCAAAGUGCCACAGUGACAAGGCAUGUGAGCUCCAUCAGCACCUGCGACUCAACAACCAAACCGCAGACGGCUUCCACAGCCACCCUGGAGAGGAGAUCUUCAAAAUCCAGUCUGCCAGAUGCACGGUCAGAGAGAUCAGCCGAUGGCGACAAGAGCCAGAAGUCAGUAGCCCUGAUGCUCGCCAAGUGCAUGCAGAGCAGUCUCAAGUUGCCUGGCAUGGAGAGCCGCGGCAGCCCUCGCAACCAGCCGCCAAGUCCGGAGGCGGGUCGGAGUCCUUUGUCAGCUGCCGGCCUCGUGUUGUCAAAGGGGCAGACGAAAGAGACGAAAGCACGCCGGGACUCAGAGGCACAGGAGAGACCUUUGUUAUUGCCCAACGAGUUCAAGUCCAGGUUACUGCAAAGACAAGGGACAAGCCCCCCGUCAUUGGGUGGCACAAGGCGCGGCUUCGACUCUCCAACGUCCACGACUGCAUCACCGUUGCCGUCCUUUCAUCCAGAGAAGCAAAUUCGCGCCAUGGACGAAAAGGAAAAGAUCUUCGACCUCUAUCUUUGGAACGAGGUGUUGCAGGAGGAGGGAGACGGUGGCAAAGUCGUGGUCUGCGAGCCGAAGUCAAUUCAUUCAGAUGUUCCUUUUCGGACAUAUGUCAUGAAGAUGCGUUCAAAGAAGUCUUUGCGUGAAGCUUCCAUGGAAGAGCAGUUUCGCAAAUCGCUAUUCAGCCUCUUGAACCUCCCGGAACACGCUGGUGUUCUUCCCCUCCAAGAGGUCCUGGAAGACAGCCAGUUCUAUUACAUUGUGAUGGAGCAGGCCACUGGAGGUUCCUUUUUUGGCGGAUUGCUGACAGAGUUUGAGGACGGAGUGAUGCCACCAGCGGAAGUUCGCCGGUUGAUGCGCGGCAUCCUUGAGGCGAUCGGACACGUUCACGAGCAGGGUAUGAUCCACCGUGAUCUUAAACCGGACAACCUGGUCAUGCGACUAUGCGACGACGAGCUGAGUCCAACAGGCAAGUCUCGUCAAGUCGCGAUCAUCGACUUUGACCAUGCCGAUCCGGAUUUCAAAGCAUCUGCGAAGACUCCCAGAUCCUGUGAAUACUUCUGUGGCACCGUGUAUUUCAGCGCGCCCGAAGCCUUCCUCGGCUACUUCUCCCCGGCUAGCGACCUCUACAGCAUAGGGAUCAUCCUGUACCUCUUGAUGGCGGGAAAAAUGCCCUUCGAUAACUCGGUCUUUCAAGAGGAAAUGUCCGUGCUCCAGCAGUCACCGAAGAGCCGUGGAUGGACUAUGAAUAUCUACAAGCGCUUGAAAACAGAGCCGAUCGAUUGGAGGUGUGAUCCGUGGCCAAAGCAGCCGUUGCAACUGCCUCAAUGA